AUGGUUGAUCAACUACUUCAUCAACCUCAAUUUCUGACUUUGGCCUUAGUUGUAGCAGCUCUCAUUGCUUUUGAGACCCGGCAGCAGAUAGCACAACUUAAUUUGUCAACAAACAAUCCUACCUCUUCACUCGAGACUGUUCUGUCUGUAUCUAUCACUGCUCCUGCUAUGAAUCAUACUUCUCUACAGGCUCCCUCUCUACAGACUCGAUCUAAGAUCUCUUGCAAAUAUUGCAAGAAGGAAGGACAUCGCAUUAAGACAUGCUUGAAGCAUCAUCCUGACUUACGUUCCUCAGAAACAUCCCCUCCAUCCGAGCUCUCACGCUCGAUUUCUCCGGCCUCCUUCUUCGAGAGGGGAAGCGACGACGACGACAGCGGAGCCGUCGCCGACGGCCGGUCUUCCGGAACCUCCCGGCGGCGGCGGCGCGGCGCUCGAGAGAAGGAGGAGCCGCAGUGCCCACCGGGCCUGCGGCAGUACGAGACCAUGGCUGUUCUUCGCCCCGACAUGACGAGGACGAGGCUCGCCCUCACCAGCGCACGAAGAGUAAUCGUCAUUGCUGGAGGCGGCAUGUACAUUGAGGUAUUUAACCGUGGAGUGAUCCCCCUCUCGUACAGUAUAAAGAAGAAGAACAAAGCAGGAGAGACCAACACAUACCUUGACGGCAUUUACCUCCUAUUCACAUAUUUUACCAAGCCUGAAUCCAUCGGUGUUCUUGAAUUCAGACUCAACACUGAUGAUGAUGUCAUUCGGUCCUCUACCUUCAAGAUUAGGAAGAGGAAAUACUAGAUGAUAAUACUUGUCGGUCCCAUGUGUAUCUCGCCGUUGAUUUCUUUGAUCGACAGCUUUUUUUAUUCUUUUUGUUAUGCUCUCUUAGAAAGAAGGAAUUUACAAUUUUAAGCUUUUCCUUGAUGAAAUUAUGGAUGCUGCAGCUUCUUGGGCAUUAUUGAAAUAGCAGUCGCUUUUGUAAUGAUUCACCACAGUGUAGUUGGAAGCAUUCAUUGGUACUCUAUAACCGCAGCCUUACACA